AUGCGUGGACAAUUAGUUUAUAGCACCGAUGAUGUCUGUCGCAUGACGGGCAAAAGCUCAUCACGGAUGGCUCGGAGUCGCAGAACGGUUAGCCGAGGUUGCUUUAGCACAAGCCAACAGUCACGUGUCCGAGGCAACCUUUCUUCGGUAUUGGGUGUGGCCAAUUUACAACUCUAUUCCGACCGCUUUGUCAAACGGACUGAAAGGUUUGUCAACAUCAAAUAUGCAUUUGUCGUUGCAAUAGACGAAGCUACUUGCUACUUGUUUUGA